CUGAUAGGGCGCGUGCCGGGGAGUUUGUCCGGGCGCUGCAAACGGCGGCACGUUGGAGCGGAGCGGCGCGCGGCCGAGGGCAGGUACAGAUGAGAGAACAGCAGAAGGGUCCCUGCUUGAUUGUGUGCCACCCUGCAGCUGCCAGCUUGAGCUUUUGAGGAGACGUUCAGUCAUGCCACACUCUCUGUGUGAGUGCUAGCAUUCCAGCUCUCUGCAGUCCCAUCUGAGACUCUGUGGGCAGCACGCAGUGAUGGAGGACUCUCCAACAGAUGUUGUGGCUGAAGACAGUGACACAGGCUUCCAAGACACAGAGGCUGAACUGGCAGAGCGGGUGGCGGCCAUAGAUGUGUCUGUUCACCCAGACAGAAGUGACCAAAAUGGGGAAGACAUCACUGAAGAAAAUGACACUGUCUUUUCUGAUAUCGUAAAAGACAUCCAAAGAAAUGGAGUCAGCAGUGACGUGGAAACGAAUGAAUUCCUGCUCUCCCAGCAACCAGAUGAUGCUCACUGUGGGCAUGCUUCCAAGAGACCUCUUGCUAGACCUGUGCUAUCAAGUAGGAAGUUGUCUCUUCAGGAAAGAUCAUCAGGAAGCCAUUUGGCAUCGAGCAGCGCUCUGGGUUUUGGUCAUUAUGCCACAGGGCCAUCACCACGUAUAAUGCGGAGACCAACGAUAGAGUCCAAUCGAGUCUCCAUCUCGGAUGCUGAGGACUGUGUGCAAUUAAACCAGUACAAGCUGCAGAGUGAAAUAGGCAAGGGUUCUUAUGGUGUUGUGAAGCUGGCCUACAACAAGGAUGAUGACAAGUAUUAUGCUAUGAAAGUCCUCUCCAAAAAGAAGCUCCUGAAGCAGUAUGGAUUUCCACGUCGACCUCCUCCUAGAGGGUCAAAAACAUCCACUGGCGAGCAGUCUAAAACAAUGGCACCACUGGACAGAGUCUAUCAGGAAAUAGCCAUAUUAAAGAAACUGGACCAUGUCAACGUUGUUAAACUGAUAGAGGUCCUUGAUGAUCCUGCAGAAGACAACUUAUACAUGGUGUUUGACCUCCUGAGGAAAGGGGCUGUCAUGGAGGUACCAAGCGAUGAGCCAUUCAGCGAGGAUCAGGCCCGGCUCUACUUCCGAGACAUUGUUUUGGGCAUUGAGUACUUGCACUACCAGAAGAUCAUUCACCGGGAUAUCAAGCCUUCCAAUUUGCUCUUAGGAGAUGAUGGACAUGUUAAAAUUGCUGAUUUUGGAGUCAGUAAUCAGUUUGAAGGGAACGAUGCCCAGCUUUCCAGCACAGCAGGAACACCAGCCUUCAUGGCACCAGAGGCCAUUUCAGACACGGGCAAAAGUUUCAGUGGAAAGGCACUUGAUGUAUGGGCCAUGGGAAUUACCCUGUACUGCUUUGUUUAUGGGAAGUGUCCUUUUAUAGAUGAAUAUAUUCUGGGUCUUCAUAACAAGAUCAAGAGCAAGCCUGUGGAGUUCCCAGAAGAAUUACAGAUAAGUGACGAGCUCAAGGAGCUGAUCUUACGCAUGCUUGAUAAAAAUCCAGAAACAAGGAUAACAGUCCCUGAAAUUAAGGUACAUCCAUGGCUAACCAAGGGUGGUGAGGAGCCUCUGCCACUGGAAGAGGAGCACUGUACUGUGGUGGAGGUCACAGAGGAGGAAGUGAAGAACUCAGUGAAGACCAUCCCAAGUUUGCCUGCUGUGAUCCUAGUGAAGGCCAUGCUAAGAAAACGCUCCUUUGGAAAUCCAUUUGAAGUUCAGACCAGACGGGAGGAGAGGUCCAUGUCUGCUCCAGGGAACCUGCUGAUGUCCAGGGAACAGAAAGUAUCACAGAGCUGAGCUUUUGUCAGACCUUGUUUCUCCUGCCAGCUUUGUGGGUUUGCCCUUCUAUCUCCAGAAACUGCACACGUCAAAAGGGUGGGAGCAGCACAGGCAGCAAGGACUGCUGGAGUUGAUCCAGGAGCUCGGUGUGACUUCUGCAGGGAUGCUUCGUUCACUGAGCUGCAGUGAAACUCUUGCUCGUUUUUACGUGUGUCAGGGCAGCUAGGAGCAUUGCUGCUCAUAUUGUGAAGUAAGAGAUUCAAGAGAGAAUCUGCUCGCGACGAACGCCCCUGGCAAGGCAGCCCUUUUGUUCACUCUAGAAAGUCGUUAGCUGGAUGUCCAAAUAUUUGUCUGUGUCCUCGCUGUGAGCACGGGAUGGGAUUGGGGGUGGCAGGGCUGCUGGCAGUGACUCUGGGCGCUGUGGGCACUCGUGGAUGCUUUAGUGUUUCCUCUGCCCGAACCCCGCUGGCGGUGCUGCUCUGCUAACGGGUGCCUGACGGCUGUGCUGUGCAGAGGGCUCCUCCUGACGGCAGGCGGCUCUGGUCAGCCUUUAAGCUUGGGGAUGGGCCCAGCACGGGAAGCUUUGAUGGCAGUUUCUCAUUUGGAGCAUCUCUCUGAUCUCCAGGGGGUCGUUUGUUCCUCUCGCUCCGUUAAUAGCUGCAGCUCUGCAGUUUGGGGGGCAGUGAAUCACAGGACAGGAUCACUGAGGUUGGGAAAGAUCUCCAAGGUCAUCCAGUUCACCUACCACCAAUAUUCCCCACCAAACCGCAUCCCUCAGUACCACAGCUAAAUGUUUCUUGAACACCUCCAGGGACGGUGCCUCCCCACCUCCCUGCACAGCCCAUUCCAGAGGAGAAAUUAUUCCUGCUAUCCAACCUGAAUCUCCCCCGGUGUAACCUGUGGCUGUUCCUCCUGCUGGCAGCUCUAUGCUGAUACACGCCAGGAUGCUGUUGGCCUUCUUGGCCACCUGAGCAUGCUGUGCUAAGUAAAAAUCCUCAUUUAGUAUCUCCUGGCUGGUAUGAAGGAAUGCUACAGUGUGUGCCUGAUAUAUUGGCAGGAAAACAUUGCUGUGAAUGCCACGCUUGCAAAUAGAUGAGCUCUGCAGCUAUUUAAUGACACGUCACAGCAGAUCUACGUAGACAACAACUCACAGCACUUAAGAAGCUGCCUCAGCCAGCCAUGUGUGUGCUGUCCCUGCUCUUGCACAGUGAUUUCCAGUGGUGCAGCUCCAGGAAUCGGGUGUUCCUUCACUGUUCUCACAGUCACAUUGCUGCCUGCUUGUGCUGCUGUUCUGCAGUGAGAUGGACCUGGCCUGGGAGAGGGAAGGCUCUGCCUGCGGGUUGUGUCUGAACGAGGGAGGGAUGUGCAGAGGAUGGAGGGCUGCAGAGCUGUGGAGCCCUGCCAAGAGCAGGAGCAUGCUGUUGUCUGGGCUCUGGGGACAGGAGGCAUCAAAACCUGAUGUGUACGUGUAACUUAGUUUGGGUUCUCAAAUUCUCCCCCUUACCAGGGCUGAGCAAAGCAGUGAAAGGGAUUUCUUUGCUGGCCCCGUAAAAGACCACAUGCUGAGCAGCACGCUGGGUGCUCUGAAAAACCAUCAGUU